AUGAGUUAUUUUCCUUGGUUAACAAUACUUGUUGUUUUGCCGAUAUUUGCAGGUUCAUUAAUUUUCUUUUUACCUCAUAAAGGAAAUAAAAUCGUUAGGUGGUAUACUAUAUCUAUUUGUUUAUUAGAAUUCCUUCUAAUGACUUAUGCAUUCUGUUAUCAUUUCCAAUUGGAGGAUCCCUUAAUCCAAUUAAAGGAGGAUUCUAAAUGGAUAGAUGUUUUGGAUUUCCACUGGAGAUUGGGAAUCGAUGGACUUUCAUUAGGAUCCAUUUUAUUGACAGGAUUUAUCACUACUUUAGCUACUUUAGCGGCUUGGCCGGUUACCCGGAAUUCGCGAUUAUUCUAUUUCCUGAUGCUAGCAAUGUAUAGCGGUCAAAUAGGAUUAUUCUCUUCACGAGACCUUUUACUUUUUUUUAUCAUGUGGGAGUUAGAAUUAAUCCCUGUUUACUUACUUUUAUCCAUGUGGGGGGGAAAGAGGCGUCUGUAUUCAGCUACCAAGUUUAUUUUGUAUACUGCAGGCGGUUCCAUUUUUUUCUUAAUUGGAGUUCUGGGUAUGGGGUUAUAUGGUUCCAAUGAACCCGGAUUAGAUUUGGAAAGAUUGAUUAAUCAAUCAUACCCUGCAACAUUGGAAAUACUACUGUAUUUUGGCUUCCUUAUUGCUUAUGCUGUCAAAUUGCCAAUUAUACCUCUACAUACGUGGUUACCAGAUACCCAUGGGGAAGCGCAUUACAGUACAUGUAUGCUUUUAGCCGGAAUUCUAUUAAAGAUGGGAGCAUACGGAUUGAUUCGGAUCAAUAUGGAAUUGUUACCUCAUGCUCAUUAUCUAUUUUCCCCCUGCUUGGUAAUAAUAGGAGCGGUGCAAAUAAUCUAUGCAGCUUCAACUUCUCUUGGUCAACGAAAUUUCAAAAAAAGAAUAGCCUACUCCUCCGUAUCUCACAUGGGUUUCAUAAUUAUAGGAAUUGGUUCCAUAACCAACAUUGGACUAAAUGGAGCUCUUUUACAAAUAUUAUCCCAUGGAUUUAUCGGUGCUACACUUUUUUUCUUGGCGGGAACGGCUUGUGAUAGAGUGCGUCUUGUUUAUCUCGAAGAAUUGGGGGGAAUAUCUAUUCCAAUGCCAAAAAUUUUUACCAUGUUUAGUAGCUUUUCAAUGGCUUCUCUUGCCUUGCCAGGAAUGAGCGGUUUUGUUGCAGAAUUAGUAGUAUUUUUUGGACUAAUUACUAGUCCUAAAUUUAUGUUAAUGCCAAAAAUGCUAAUUACUUUUGUAAUGGCAAUUGGAAUGAUAUUAACUCCUAUUUAUUUAUUAUCUAUGUUACGCCAGAUGUUCUAUGGAUACAAGCUAUUUCAUGUUCCAAAUGAAAAUUUUGUGGGACCACGAGAACUAUUUCUUUUAAUCUGUAUCUUUUUACCAGUAAUAGGAAUUGGUAUUUAUCCAGAUUUAGUUCUCUCGCUAUCCGUUGACAGGGUAGAGGCUCUAUUAUCCAAUUAUUAUCCUAAAUAG